CUUCUAAUUUCGGUUUCUUCUUCACCUCAGUUUUGGGUUUCUUUCUUCUUCAAGUUCUGAAUCUCCAAGACUCCUUCCACCCAAAGAAUACUAACUCAAGGAAAAUUCCCAUCUUUAAAUUCCCUAUUUCCUCCUUACUCUCUUCUUCCAAUUCGGAUUCAAGCAAAAGGGGAAGAUUCAAGCCUAGGGUUUCGGCCAAUCAUUGAGCUCGAGCGUUUGGGGGUUCUUUCGGCCAAGCUUCGUUCUUCAAGAGUUCCAGAUUAGCUAUGUCGAUGAGGAGAUCACGCCUCCCGAGGAGCCGCUCAGCUACUCAGUCACCUGAGAGAGAGCGUCUAUCUUUCACCGGAACUAUCAUAGAAGCUCAGUCGUCAGUUGCUCAAACUCAGCUCACAAUCCCGACAACUGAGAUGACUGCUGCAGCGACAGGGAUUAGUCUUGUUGAGCAAGUCUUGAGACCAACUGGUGAGGUUGGUACGUCAACGGCUGCGAUAUCGGCGACAGUCUUAAAAGUCCCAGAAGUCGUGUUGGCAAAACCAAGUGCGGGACAUCAACUUGAGGAAACAUCACUUGAUUUUGGGUCGUCUUCUCGGCUUAGUGGUAUGGUCAAGGCUUUGCUAUCUGUUGAUGACCCGGAUCAAGCUCUGCUUUUCAUGGAAGUCGGCUCUCUCUUCUUCUUUGUGAAUGCGAUGAUUGAUAAGCUUCUCGUCAAGGGAUUUUCUUUUCAUCAAUUUAUACCAGCAUUAGCCAACAAAAUAAAUAUUAUAGAGAAAACGGGGUCUUCGGAUCUGGCGCAAGCUAUUGCUAAUGAUUUGGACCGGCUAGAGCGUGAAUUCCAACGGUUACAAGAGUUGAAGACUACCGGUACUUCAACAUACAUAACCGACCAGAUGGAAUCUCGUCUACAAGUAUGGCGCGACACUCGAGCCUCUGCUGGACUUGAGAUUCAAACGCAACAAAGUCGAGUGGAUCAAAUGGAGGCCGCCCUUCUUGAGAAACAAACAUCUUUGUGUCAACUCAAAUCCUCUAUUACGUCGGGUGAGGCUAAGAUAGAGCGACUCAAAGAAGAGCUCAAGGCAGAGGAGGAGGCCUUGGUUAUCUUGGGGAUGACGAUAGAUGACUUGGAGAGUUAA